CAAGCUUAUCCCAAUAGGAUGAAUAUAAUAUAACUCACUCAUGUCUGCCACACAAUUUUAAUCUUUUGCCAAAUUUCCUGAAAUUAUUAAAAUCUCCGGGACACCAUUAAGAAUAUGAACGAGAAGAAUUGUUCUCAACAAGUAAAUAGAAAACGAGCAAGAGAAGCGGUUUCAGAUAAAGAUAAAGAGGUUUCGGGCAAAAUUAUACAUCAGAAAAUGAAGGAGAAGAAUUGUUCUCAUCAAGUUAACAGAAAACGAUCAAGAGAAGCGGAUUCGGAAAAAGAAAAUGUGAAGCAACCUACAAUUACUUCUUCAUUGUCGUCUAUGAGAGCACCAUUACGCGUGUCAGGUGGUACCAACGUUUCUUCUACAGUAUUCACGCCUUUCAGAAAUAUCACCAAUGUGGUUGGUGAAACGUCAAGUAAUCGGCAUGCCAUACAAAGGGCAAACAACGUUCUGAUAAGUUCCAAUCCUUCUGUGAUAAUUGACCUAUGUGAAGACGAAUCUAUUGGACAGAAUAGCAGCAGCAAUUUUGCAUCCAUAAAUAAUAACAAAAAUUUUCAUAGAAAUGGUAAUGGAUUUUGCGAAAUAAUAGACCUGACCGGGGAUGAGGAUAAGCCAAAUAAUACUGUCAAAGCUGGCAGUAAAAAAGCAAUGACAAAGAAAAAGAGUGCAGCUCCACGUAAUAGUAGAUUAUCUUUAUCAAUGACAAAGAUAAAGACUUCAGCUCCACGUAAUAGUAGAUUA